AUUUAAGGUCUUACUAUAUUUAUUUUAAAAAAUUUAUAUACUUAUACAACAUAAUAUACACUUAAUAAAAAUACAUAAACCAAUACAAAAUUUUAUGGUUAAUAUUAUUUAGAAUACUUUUAAUUUAUCUUGUGACAUCUAAAUUAUAAAGUAAUUUACACCAAAAAUAGUUUAUUUUGUAAAUAUUUAUAAAUCUUCAUUUAUAAAACCUAGUACUAAUCAUCAUUUUAGUUUUCUACUAUUUUUUACAAAUCCAUAAAUAUCAAAUUAUAAAAAAGAAUUUACGAAAGUAUAUAUGCAUAUUUAAGAUGAAGAAUUGAGCUAAUGCAAUAAAUAAAAUCACCCAAAUUUAGUUUAACUAAAAUCAAAAGUGAUUGUGCUUCAGUUUGAAAAUAUAUGUGUAACUUAAUAUAAUCCACAAAAUGAGUUACUUGAACAAUCUAAAUUUUUAUGCCCAAACUAAAAAUUCUAAAUGCAAGAAAAUAAAAAUGAAAUUUUAAUCUACUUCAGCAGAAAACAUAAUUGUGGUUAAAUAUGGGAAAAAAAUAUAUCCAAGUAAAAACCAAAUAGACUAGAUAUUAUAUAUCCAAAUUACAUGUCUAAUUAAAAUAAUAUGAUAUUAAUUAAAAUAAAUCAUACAUAGAAAUAACAAAAUAAUUAAACUAAAAUUAGAAUAUUAAUAAUUUUAUAAUAUAUUUAUUUUGUAAAUAUUUUUAUCUGUGCAUAAGCAUGGAAAAAUCACCUAGUAUUUAAUUGACUGAGAAGAUAACUAACACAAAAUCAUGAUCGGCUAUAUUUCGUGCCACGGUCACUGGUACGCUGUCCACAAGUUUCCUGUUUGUUGAAAACUGAAUUAUUUAUCGACAAUACUUCGAAGUUGGUUCAAUGUUGCUGUCCGAAUGUAUUGCCCCGUCCCUACUUUGCCUUUUGAACAGCUUAUGUUAUUAAUGCUUCAACGAAAAGACAGUAAGACAUAUCCAGCUAAUUAAGGUUGCUCUUGUUUGAAUCAUUUAAUCCCCACGAAUAUGUAAUUAAGGCACAAAAAAUAAAGCCAGAUCCUCGUGUGGAGAUCCCGAGUAAUUGUGAAUCCAAAACGAGUCAUGUCAAGAUUUCAAAUCAUAGCGUUUUUUUUUUUGAAACACUAAAUCAUAGGAGUAGCGUUUAUGUUCGAAUUUUGGACCAUAAAAGGGAUUAUUGGAUUCACUAGAUAUUUUAUGGGUUAUCAGUUCUGUUUGCGAUAAUUGAGAGUUGUUUUGAAAACCUGAUGAUUGAAACAAGGCAAAAGAAACUAGAAAGUAAGAUGUACAUUAAUAGUUAACAGGAAUUACAUAAAAAUAGAAGAGAUAUGGUGGAGAUAAGACUGGGAUAGUGAUGAGUCUAAAAGGGAACAAAAACUUUAAUAAUUUAAAGACUCAGCUUUUUUGAGAUGGACACGAAUGCGAUUUGCAAAGGACACGCCUCUUUGGAGUCUAGCUUGCGUUUGCAUCACAAGACAAGUUGUUUGUUUCAGCUUUCACGCUAUCCAUUUAACUUACUGUUUUUCUACCAAAUGUAGCAAUUUUAGUGUAAUACAAUAUGUAUAUUUUUACAAAACAUUCUUUAAACAUGCUUUCCGUUUCCUAUAUAUUUCGACCUUUAGCAAAUAUUUUGAUGUUUCGUACCGAACUACAGCAAUAUUAAACAUACGAAAAUUAAAUUGAAAAUGGCUCUCUUUUUUUUUGAACUUUAAUGGCUCAUAUUUUUCUGUUAUCGAAUUAAGCAAAAUCAGGUAACUGAUAUAUAAGUACUUCCUUCAACAUAUAUAUGUUAAAAAAACAUAUGUAUGUUACACUUUUGUUGAUACAUACGAUGAGUUAUUCUAAUCUUAACAUAAAGGAAAAGAAAAUCUCUUACCACUAUUGUUGAUACAUACGAUGAGUUAUUAUUCUAAAUAAAAAACUGUAGUCUAAUCUUAGUCCUUACAUAAAGGAGAAGAAAAUCUCUUACCACUAUUUGAUUAAGAAAGUAAAACAAAAACAUAAACAUAACAUUAACCAAAACAAUCAAAUGACAUAAUUUUUGCCUUUGUGAUACUGAUGACCAAUAUAUACAUCUUCUAAUGUAAUUCAAUCACUACUUUACAGUUUCUACUCUCGUGGUUUCUCAAGUCCGUUUAGUAAAAAAUGGUGGGUUUAAGCAACAACUAGCUUUAGAAAUCAUCUACAUAAGUGUCAAAGAUAUCUAGUAGAUAUAUUCAACGGGUACUCUCAGUAACCUAAUGGAGCUCAUCCUAUUUUUAGACGCUCUUUCAAAGUUUUGAUCAAGACUAUAAAAACGCAUGAACAAUACAAACAUAUAAAAUAACUAUUCUCAAGAAUUCAGUUUCCCACAAUGUGAAGAGAUUUUAGAAAUAUUUGGUUAACUAAAAUAUUCAUUAGUGCAAUUAACCAAAAUUGGUAUACGCUGGUGCAUGCUUCUCUUAAUUAGUUAGCAGAUACAUUUCAGGAGUUAGUUAUGACUGAAAUAAAUACAUGAAACUCUAACAACAUAAACUUCUAAAAUAUAUUUCCUCCAUUUCUUAAAUAAGAUGUUCUGGAUUCUUGUUCCAUAAAGAUAAAUUUUCUAUAUAUUUUUAAGGUAUUUUUAUUUACUUUUGAAACACAUUAAUUAUGAAUAUUUGAAAUGAUUAAAUUUCACUGAUAGAUAGUUAUUGAAAAGUGAAUAGAAAAAUAAAUAGUAAAUUAACAUGGUAAACAUUUAUUAUAUUUUUAAUAUGCGUGAAUAUUGUAGAAAAUUUUAUUUUCGGGAAAGUACAAAAGAAGAGAAGCUAUAUAUCUUGCAUCUCUUUACUUAUAUUGGAGAAGGCAAGAACAUAGAAGGGAUCUAUAUCUCAAAAGUAGGAAAAGAUAUAUAUCUAAAACUGCUAAAUCCAUUGAAUAAAUCCCAACCUAAACAUCAAAACGCAUGCGGAUUAGAAGCUAAAUGUACAUAGUUAAGCGCAAUCUAUGGGGAGAAUUAAAAUUACAGUGGUUCAUACUUUUAGAUUUUAUGAUUCAAAGUAGAUAUAGCACGUGGAGACUCUCCCCCACAAUCCAUUUUAGGAAAAUAAUUUUAUGAUUAAAAGACAAAUAUAUAAGAAAGCACAUGGCGUUACCAUUCAUCUAUCAGUUACCAACACAUUUGACCUUAUCCACAUGGGUAUCCCUCUCUUAUUCUCCAUUAAUCUACCCAAAAAAAGAAUUAUUAACAUUUUCCAACUCAUAAUAUACAAAUGCGGUGUAAAUUAUGAUGGAGGAUUCCCCAAGAUACAUAAACUUAAAAUAAACUACAGUUGCUACCAUUUAUAUAUCUAAAGAAAAACGUAUUUAUACGCACAAAUGAUAAAUGUGAAUUACUUGGUCGUUAACAUUUGAAUGUAACUUCCAUAAAUUCCUGAGCUAGAAGAGCGCUUGGAAACUCUCUGAAUAUUUCCAUCAUGGAAUUAUAUGAUGUUUUCAACGGAAUUUGAUUUUUUUCCUUUGAAUGUCGUUUUAGUAUAAUUGUAUAUAAUACAUUUUCACAUAUACCAAAAUGAAAAAAAAAAUAUCUAUAUAUAUUACUGUUACGAAACAACUCAUACAAUUAAAUUCUUAGGCACACUUUUAUAUAUGACAUUGUGAAAAUUAAUUCCAAACAAAACUAGUAAUAACAUUCUAAACGGGCACUAUUUCAGAAACAUUUAUAUCUUAAAACAAUAGUUUUUUUGGUUAAAAAAAUAUGUUUCUGUGUUUUCUUUAAAAAUAUUCAAGUUACUAUUAAACAAGGAGAGUCAUAAUUAUCAACAUAUAUAUAUUUUAUACCAAGAUAUAAAGAAAAAUGCUAUAUACACUUUCAAAAGAUGCAAAACAAAGAAACUUUAAGAAAACGUACAUAAAAUCCCUUUCUUAUUAAAAGAGAAACACUCUUAAAAAUAAACCUUUAACCCAUGUGUGAUUUACAAGAGUGCCAUUUCCUAUGUGGCAUUCUCUCAUGCACUCUCACAAACUUUAUAAAAAAACCCAUUCUUUACUAGAUUAAUUACCAACAUAUGCCAUUCCUAAUAUGCAUUAUAAUAUAUGUUUACAACCCGAAUUGAUACAUAUGAAACUGGAAAUUAAAGCACGCAGUAAAUUGAUUGUUUUGUAAAAGGCAACAAACUUAUGAGGCGACUAAUAUUAAGGUAACGUAAUUAUGACCAAUUUUGUUCACGUAUGUUAUCAUUAUAUGAAAUUAAACCUAUUGUCUGCAUGCACUUAUAUUGCAACGUUUGAAGAACAAUUCCUAUCACCCAAGUCAACAUUUCUUGAUCAUUUAUAUGCAAUAUUUUAUGAACAGCCUUUUACGCAUUCAAAUCGUAUGAAGCUUAGGGAAGAAUUUUAUGAACAUUUUUUGAUCAUUCCUUAUGAAAAGCCUUUUAAAAAUAAAAGAAUUUUAUGAACAUUUUCUUUAUAAAGUAACGCAUUCAAAAAAAAGGAAACAACAUUCAUAAGAAAGGAAACAAACUGAUCACACGAUUCCAAAUUAUUAUACACGAUAAUUUGGUCAAAUAUUAAGUAAACACAAUAAUAUUGUGUACAUAUAAAAGGAAACAACAAUCAAAUAUAUUAACUUAAUUACCAUAACCGAUCGACGAAUAUUGUUGAUUGAUUUUGGCGUGACCUUCACGGAACUAUUAGUGAACAUAACAUAUAAACGCAUCACGAAAUAACCAUAUAAGGUAAGUCGUAUAUACGGGCUUAAAGAGUAGCAUUAAUGUUCGUAUCGUGUAUGCAACAUUGCGUGAUGAGUAAAAACCUAUGCUCUGUUUUGAUAUAAAUAUUAGAGCAAUUCGUAUCCAUCUCCUCACCAUUACCUCUUUCUCUAAAGUCCUUAAGCACCCGAUACAAGCAAACACAAAAUACACAAAUGGCAGGUUUUAACUCUGUUGCCGACUUGAAACCCUUUAAGACCAUGUGGAGAGUGAAAGUGAGCAUUGUGAGGCUGUGGAAGCAAUACUCUGCUGCUGGAGGACUGACCAUUGAAAUGGUUAUCAUUGAUUCCAAUGGAGAUAAGAUCCAUGCGACUGUGAAGAAAGAAUUGGUUAACCAGUUCGAUCACCAGCUUGAGCAGGGGAAAACUCUGACCCUCACUAAUUUCUCUCUGAAUCAUUCGGUUGGCUCAUACCGGACGACAAACCAUCUAUACAAGAUCAGUUUGUUGGCCACAACGCGUGUGAGAAGUUGCGAGGCUUUGCCUGUAGGUUUAAAUGGUUUUACACCCGUGAACUUCCAGGAAGUUCUCGAUGGUAGUCUUAACCCCGACUUUCUAAUUGAUGUAAUCGGACAUGUUGUGGAAGUUAGCCAUGUUGAGAUGAUUCACGUGAACGGAAAGGAAACCCAGAAGAUUUCACUUGAGCUACGUGAUCUUGCGGAUGUCCGUCUUCCUAUGGUCUUGUGGGGAAACUUUGCUGAUCAAGUCACGAACGCUAUACAGUUGCGUGGUGAGGGUCGUCUGAUCUUGGUGUUGAGAUUCGGCAAGAUUAAGGUUUGGAAAGAGGAUCGUUCCGUUUCAAACGCUUACAAUGUCUCUGACGUUCAGCUCAAUCCAAACAUGGCGGAGGUCGAAGCUUUUAGGGCAAUGUUACCAGCUGAUGAACUUCAAUUGGCUAUUGUUGAACCAAAGCCAUUAACUCUGGCUUCUGGUGUCUCUGUGAAAGAUGAUUUUUUCAUUCACACUCCAAGAAAAACCAUCGCUGAGAUGAUUGAAUGUCGUCAGGUGGAGAAGUGUAUUGUUAUGUGCACCAUUUCGGCCAUUGAAACGGACAUGGGGUGGUACUACUUAAGUUGUAAACCCUGUGACAAAAAAGUUAUGUACAUGCCCCCUCUUGUGGCUGGUGAUCACGAAGAUGAUGACCUCCAAAAGUUUAAACUCUACUGCCCUAAGUGCAAGAGUUACGAACCUAAGCUCCUUCCAAGGUACAAGUUGCAUUUGGUUGUUCUUGACCAUACUGGUAAUUCCAAGUUCCUCCUAUUUGACCAUCUUGCUCUGCAAUUGGUUAAUCAACCUUGCAUUGAGCUAACCGGUCCGAUUACUGAUGAGGUACAGGACCCGGAUGUUCUACCUCUGGCUUUGCAAAACCUGAUUGGUAAGACCUAUUUGUUCAAGGUGGAAAUUAUGCGAGAAAACUUUGUGUACAAGCAUGACACCUUCAAAGUGAACAAGAUAAUCACCAAUCUCGCUAUUAUCAAUGAGUUUGACACACCCAAGGCCCCAAAGGUGAUUCAAAAACGAUGGAAUCUUGACAAGGCUGCACUCGAUACUGAGAAGGGAUGGUACUAUUUGAGUUGCAACGUCUGCGGAGUUGAAGUGCAUAAUGUGUCUAACGACUGGUCUUCUAGGGGAGCUGCACAUUGUAAUAGACUGAAAAAUUACUACUGUGAAAAGUGUAAAACUCAUAUUCAAAAGCCCGAUGCAAGGUUUGUUACAAACAAUUCUUUAAAUGCUUCUAAAUUCUAAUAUGUAUAUAGUCGAUCCAAAAAUAUCUAAUAUUUAUGUAUUAAUGUGUAACAGGUACGCCCUAAAUUUGGUUGUCCUUGACAGUACUGGCGACACAAAUUUCCUUCUAUUCGAAAAUGUGGCAGAACAACUAAUUGGACAACCUUGCAGUGCGUUAAUCGGUGGAAACAUUGAUGAGGUCUAUGAAUUGAUUUACUAUUACGUUUUCUAUAACCUAUAAAUAUGUGUUUUAUUAUAAUUAUUUCUUACAUAAAUAACAUACAUCUCCAAUCUUGCAGAUCCAGGGACGUGCUCUCCCUGCAGUUCUGACAGAGAGAGUUGGUAAGACAACCAUCUUCAAGAUUACUACCCAGUAUAAAAGGUCUAGGUGCAACCAUGCAACUUUCAAAGUUCUGAAGCUUAUAACAAGUACGGACUGCAUCAAUGAGCUUGCUAUUAACCAUUAUCCGAUGGUAUGUGAAUUACACUGUCUGUCUACUAUGAUUACUUAUUGUUAACAACUUUGAAAAAUAUUAGUUGUUAAUGUUUUUAUUAACCACAGCGUAUUCGAAGCUCAAGUUGCCAAGCAAUUCCAGGGAAGUGGUCGACUGAACAGGUUAUAGGACUGUUUCAACAAGAAGCUUACAACACAUUUAUAAAAGUAAUCGUUAAAAAAAUAAUCUUUUUUUUUCUCGCUUUAAGGGAUCUACAUCUAAGCUAUGUGGUUCAUACAAUCAUCUAAUGUCAAGCUAUCUUUCACAAGCUAAAAGGCGUGUAUCCCAUCUUUGUUUUGACGAAACCGAGAGUCUGGAGAUGAAUGUUUGGACAAAGGGAUCAUGUUCGGUGCGGAAAAAGAAGGAGAAGACCGAUAGAAGUGGCUAAAGAAGGAGUGUGCCGACGAAUGAAGGGGCCUAUUGUUUUACACAUUUGUUCCUUACGAAAUUUUCUGGUUGUUUUUUUAAUCUAGCUUUUCGUUUGUUUCGCUGCAUUUCUUAAACACUCUUUUACACUUUUACAUCAAUAGAACCCCCUCUCCUACUUUCUAUC